ACAUGUCAGACAAGAAACAGACCGUGGACCUGGGCUUACUGGAGGAAGAUGACGAGUUUGAAGAAUUCCCAGCCGAAGAUUGGACGGGGCUGGAUGAAGAUGAAGAUGCUCAUGUUUGGGAAGACAACUGGGAUGAUGACAAUGUAGAGGAUGAUUUCUCAAAUCAACUGAGGGCUGAGCUGGAAAAACAUGGUUACAAGAUGGAGACGUCAUAGCGGCUGACAAGGCCUUUCAGUAUUCAACGACAUUGGAUAUGGACAUUUAUAUUUGAACAUGGUUGACCACACACCAACUGAAGAGAUUUGAUGAUGUUGAUUUGUUUCUCUCUUUUUUUUUUUUCUUUUUUUUUUU